AGUUAAUGACAGAAAAUGAAAAAUAGUUUAAUUAAAAUGGACUAUUAAUCAUAAAAAUUGGAUAGAGAGAAAUGUGGUAAGGAUUCAAGAAUUCUAAGUAUCUUGGAAUCUGGUGAAUAAAUACUACUUUCAACUUGUUUGUGGAAAUUCAGCCAUAUUAAUAAGUAGUAAGAAAGAAUAUUGUUAAUAACUAAUAAGAACAUUUACAAUAUAACUCCUUAAAGUACACUUGUAAACUUCUUUUCAAAAGUUGUUUCAAGUGUAAGAGUGAAGAGAAAAAUUGCAAUAUAAUAUGUAGCAGGAGUCACAAUAAGUAAAUGUGGGUUUGAAUUUGUUCUUCAUGUACCAGAUGAAUAUGAUUAUAGAUACUCAUCGUUAGAUUUUCGAGAAAAAAUAUUGUCUACUCUCUCUGAUGUUUAUUAAAAGAUUUUAAAAAAGAGUCUAGCAAUUUAUCUUACUGAUGAUCUUACGCUGAUUCCUUAUACUACAACAAAGGUGGAUGCUAAGAAAGGAAUUUGCAGAAUGCAUGGCCAUCCAAUCAAUAUUGAUCCAUAAACUCUAUCUAAUUUUGAUUUUUCAACAUUGAAAGCACCUGAAGAUAAUUAAAAGUAGUAGGUAAUAAGGAAGAACUACAUUUACUCUCAACAUUACAACUUACUUAAAUAUUUAUAUUAAGGGAUGUUAGGAUAAGUGAUCCUUGUUUAACACAUAAAAUCAGAGAAAUAUUAUGUCUUCAAAUUAAUGUAGAAGCAGGAUGUAAUUACUACUGAUCACUUAAAUCAUGCCUAGAUAGAGAGAAAACUAUUGGAGACAUUUGAUCACCCUUUUAUAAUUAAAUUAGUUUAAGCAUUUGAGACAGAUGAUUAAUUAGUUUUUGUUUUGCCAUUCUAUUAAGGAGGUGAUCUUUAUACUCAUUUAAAGAAGGAGACAAGAUUAAAAGAAGAAAGAGUUAAAUUCAUAGUUGCAUAAUUAUUAUUGGCUUUGGGUUAUGUGCAUGAUCGUGAUUAUUUGUAUCGGGAUUUGAAACCUGAGAACAUUCUCAUGGAUUCUAAUGGGUAUGUAGUAUUAACAGAUUUGGGAUUGUGCAAAUAAUUGCCAAAUAAUCAUCUAUCCUAUAGUUUUACGGGCUCUGCUGAGUACAUUGCUCCUGAGAUGAUUUCUGCUACAGGUUACAACAGAAUGAUUGAUUGGUGGAUGUUAGGAAUAUUGGCCUAUGAAUUAAUAUUUGGAAUCACUCCAUUUUAUUGUGAUAAUCAAAGUUAAUUAUUUGAAUCAAUCCAAGAAAGAGAAGUGAGAUUUUCGAAUAAUAUUUCAAUCUCUAUUGAAUGCAAAGAUUUUAUAACAAAUCUUUUAAAGAAGGAUCCAAAAGAAAGAUUGGGAUAUAAAAGAGACUUCUUGGAUUUAUAACUACAUUAGUGGUUUAAAGAUUGUGAUUUCAGAGAACUAAUAAGAAAAACUAAUUAAACUUGGAAGCUAAAUUUGAAUGAUCCCUUAGAUCUCAGGUUUUUCGAAACUGAAGAUAUAACUUAUGAAUCUUUGAAUGCUCAAUAACAAGACAAAGCACUCAUCUAAAAGUUUAAUUAAGAAUUUCAAAACAUUGAAUUCAAUCUAUGA